AUCAUAUUUUAUAAUCUUUAAAAAAAAGGUCAAAUUGAAGAGGGUGUAGUUUUGGCCACGCCACUUUAUUCUAGAAACUUCUAUUCCUACAGUACGAUAUGUAAAACUUAAACAUGCCACCUCAUAACAAACAGUCCACAACCACCACCACCGCCACCAUCAUCACGACCAUCAUCAUCAUUAUGAGUUGGUUAAGCUGGCUAGGGUUACCUACACGCACCUCCACGGACCACUCACCCCUCGCUCAAUCUCCCGACGCCGACCUUCCGGCUUCCGGCCAACAAUUCGCCCAAUUCGGCGCCGGUUGUUUCUGGGGCGUAGAGUUAGCCUUCCAGAGGGUUCCGGGUGUUACGAAGACUGAAGUCGGUUAUUCGCAGGGGUUUAUGCAUAAUCCUAAAUACAGCGAUGUUUGUUCGGGUACUACUAAGCACUCGGAGGUUGUUCGUGUCCAGUAUGACCCCAAGGACUGUAGUUUUCAGAGUUUGCUUGAUUGUUUCUGGGAGAGGCAUGAUCCUACCACACUUAAUCGUCAGGGGAAUGAUGUUGGGACACAAUAUAGAUCCGGGAUAUACUUCUACACACCCGAGCAAGAGAAAGCAGCAUUGGAGUCAAAGGAGAAACACAGCAAGAAACUGAACCAGAAAAUCGUGACAGAGAUCCUGCCAGCGAAGAAGUUCUACAGGGCAGAAGAGUACCAUCAGCAGUAUCUUGCAAAGGGAGGUCGAUCUGGGUUUAGGCAAUCUACUGAGAAAGGUUGCAAUGACCCUAUCCGUUGCUAUGGCUAGUAUGUGCGUACGCGUUAAGAUACUAUAUAUUCUUCACUGCUGUGAUUGCUGAUGAGAAGAUUGACGUUGAUCGAUCAGUUUGAGAUGUUCUUUAUUUCGUAACUGAAUAACAUUCAAUAUUGUACGGAUAUUGUUCGUGUGUAUUGUGUUAUAUUAUAGGUAUACAUAUCUUUUGAUUUACAGUACUA